UGUGACGGCCGUGACGACAAACAAACCAAUAAGCGCAGGUCACAUUUUAGUAGCCAAAGCAAGGAAAUUCUUGUUCGCUCCACAGGAAAGCACAGAAAGCAAGCAGAGUCAGAGUCGAAACAGCUACAGCUACGUAAUUUCAACAGACGUAGAAGCGGCCUAAUCUAAUUGGACUCGAAAGAUUGGGAUUUUCCAUAAAUCAAUUCCAGCAACCAUUAUGUCCCAGAAAAACCAUCCUCAACCAAUGGGCAUGCCUCAACCAGCUGGAAUGUAUCCGCCAAUGCAACAACAAUAUUAUCCUACUGCCCCUCCAACUUACGACCAAGCAAUGACGCAUCCUGUCGCAGACCCUGCAGCUCACCACGCCCAGCAGUCUGCUGGUGGAUGGGUAAUAGUUAUGCAGCCGCAACAGCAACCAGGCAUGUACCCCACAUACCAGGCAGCUGCUUCUGCCGCUUCUUCUGCCCAGAACUAUCAGCAGAUGCAAGCUUUCGGAGGAUAUCCCGGUGGAUUUGCACAACAGCCAGCCUAUUACCCCCAGGUGCCCCAGGCUCCGUACCCGACACAUGUCCAACAGUCUAAGCCAACAACGCUUGUGAUGCCUGGGGUUGCCGCUUUUGACGGAGGCGCAAGAUUCAACAGCAUCAGUCAGCCGGUUGUACCCCCAGCGCCACCAGGCAUUGCUCCCAAUUCGGCUCAAAUGGCUUCCAUGGCUGGCCACAACGUAGUUGUAGGACAGAAAAAGGGCAACUUCUUCACAGGCUCUUCUUCAGGCGGCGGAAUGACUUUUUGGUAGAUUCGCCAACAUUCCACAUGGUAUUGCUACCUGAGUAUCUUCCAUUGAUUCAUUUUAUUUGUUUAUUUUAGCGGGUCUAUUUUGUUGUGCUGACCAAAUUUUAUAGCGUAGCACUCAUUUUUAGUCAUACAAAACUAUUCAAGCACCGCAACUGUGACAAAAUCUACUGUGAAUGAAGAGUAUUGUAUCAUUACCUAAUGAAUGUGAUCGUGUAAUUUAGGAUACUCUAGGCGCAUAAUGUGUAUAAUUAUUCUAAUAAAACUUGAUUUGAUUCUGGUCUGAAAAAUA